GCUUCCUGUCUGUCCAUGACGAGUGGGGUCUCUUCCGGAAGUAGUUGGUUAGCAUUCAGCAACAGUUAUUAGCCUGAUAGCACACAUCUUCUGUUGUGAUUAAAGGACGAUAAAACUCAAUAUGUCAACGCAAACGAUAACAGUGACAGUUGCAUACGGAUCAACUAAGCACAGCAUCACAUUAACUGGUGAGGAUGACGUCAAGGGCCCGAUAGUCAAAGACCUCUCCGACGCUCUCACCAAAGCUACUGGGGUUCCUCAAACGUCGCAGAAACUCAUCUUUAAAGGGAAAUCUCUGAAGGACGUGGAGGAGAGUCUGUCCAGCGUAGGAAUAAAAGAGGGAUGCAAGCUCAUGCUGAUUGGGAAACGGAACAGUCCCGAGGAAGAAACUGAGCUGAAGAAGCUGAAAGACAUUGAGAAAUCUGUGGAACAGACGGCUAAAAAGCUUGAGAAGGUAGACGGGGAGUUGACUGGACUCAAGAAUGGCUUCCUGGCCAAAGACCUCCAGGCAGAAGCGUUGGGGAAACUAGACCACAGAGUGAAAAUAGCAGCGGAACAAUUCAUGAAGAUCCUAGAGCAGAUUGAUGCCAUGAGUAUCCCGGAGAAUUACAAUGACUGCAAAAUGAAGAAAAAGGGACUUGUAAAGACCGUGCAGGACUUCCUGGCCCAGUGUGACAAGAUUGAGGCUUGUAUAUCGGAUCACCUAUCAAAGAUCCAGUCAAAAAAUCUUGCCCUGGCGGAGUAGAGUCACAGUCGCCCUCAUCUUGUGCUAUACGUUGCUCUGUGAGCAACGGCAAAGUGUACAGAAAGCGUCAAGCGUGUCUAUUUAUUUUUGUUUUGAUGUGCGUGAGAGACUCGUCAUCACAGAGAAUCCUGUGAACAGGAGGCUGGUUAUUGGUGCUGAUGCUGGGAACAUCUGGAACACACCGAAGACCUAUGAAGGUACUCCUGGAGAGGUUGCAACCAAAGGAUCACAGGUGCUUUGAUUUGUGACAAAUCAUGUAGCUCCACUUUUAAAGCAUCCUAAAAUAGUGCUGAAAAUAACGGCCCUGUUUCAGUGUCAAAAUAUCAACCACAAUUUCAGAAAAAGACGCGUUCUUCUCACUGUCAUGUGCCGACUGUUAGUAGCAGUACACACGUGGCAACAAGUAUGAUGACAUUGAUAAGCUUACGUGUGCUGUGCUAACAGUUUGCACCCCUCUGGGAAGGAUCUUCCUCAGGAUCGGUGAACCUAGCCGCUGGGAUUAGCUCUUAAAAAUAUGUUUAGGCACUGAUGCCGGUAAAUGAGAACGUUUCAGUCCAUCUCAUUAGAUGUUGGUUUAGCUCAUUUCCAAACUGGAAAAACAAAACAAAAAGGAUGAAGGACCCAGCUCUGCACAAACAUUUCUCAGUGAAUUAUUGUGUAAUAAACGUGUGUAUUGAUUGGAACUACUGAGCUCAGUUGGUUGAUUUUGAUAAUCAUUUCAUGAUUCUGGAUUGGAUAAAUAAAGAAACUGGUAACCUAGCACCCUAUUAUGAAUAGAAAAGUAAGAACUCAAUGCUGUUGACCCACCCUUGGCCAUGUUGUGUGUAUUUAAUAUUCUACCUGUAGAUUAAACACCAAGACGGCACCUUCUGUUUAAUCCAGUGUACCACGUGUCUUUGAAGUCAGUGUGAACUGUGGAAUUGUUUGUUUUCAACUGUCGCAUCUCUUCUCCUUUUGUUUUAAAAUAAAGACUCUGAAAACAGAAUAGAGCAUUGAUUAUUGAGCUCGGAAAUACAAAUGAUUUAGUAAAAUCAACAGAAUCACAACAACCAUCUUGUUUUUAUUUCCAGCUUUAUCCACGUGGGUCUUUUCAUUCAUCUUAAUUAGCUUAUACAGACCCUACAGUGUUUUCACAGAUGUGCAAAUGAGCUUUGGAAGAAGGGGUUGAGGAGUUGGGA